CCAUUGCUACUAGUAUUUGAUAUUCACCGCCCGGAUGUUGGCUGAUCAUUUGAUCACUAUUUAUUGCAAAAUGCAGGCAUAUUUCCGUCGUAGCAGAUCUAAAAAGGAAUGGCUGUCAGAUGUAAUUCAGAUCAUCCAUUUUCUUAUAGUAAUCGGGUAUUUAUGGGCAGGUCUCGUGGAGUUUAUUCGCAAUCCUCCAUUCUUUGAUGCGUAUGGCGACGCUGCUACAAGAAAUAGUCUUCCCGAGGGACUCUUUGAAAAUGACCCCAGGACAUUAGACAAAUUACAAUCUUUGAGGUUAAUGGAUCUGCCAAUCUUCUUCAUGGUUUUGGCCUAUUUUGGGGUGUGUGUCUGGUUAAAGUUUAAAGGUUUAUCAUGGCUGGUGACUGUGUGUAUCACUUUAUCAGUUUUGUGCUUCUUCUUUGUCAACUAUUGGGCAUAUAUCUACUUUGAUUGGAGGUAUUUUCCCACAAGGAAUCUGGGACUUGACUUUCAAGUUGUAACCAUUGCACUGUCUGCCACCUGCAUUUUCAUGGUAAUCUUUUAUGAGAGGAAGAAAAUGCCUUUCAAAUUCAAGCCCACUCUACCCAUCAAGCCUCUUGGUAAAAUCCACGUCAUCGCCAACUUCAUACCAUGUUUCCUGAUCAUUUUUACUUGUCUCAUCAUGUGGUUUUCAAAGCUCUACCAAUCAUGGGCGUGCUUCAAGAAUCAUGAAGAUGUAAUGAGCCUUUGUGAACGAACAACAAUGGUCCAGUGUUACCCAUGUGAUACGUGUACACCAGAUGGUCUCAAGAAAUGCGUGAAAGAUAGACAUCAGAUGUAUCACUGUCUGUCUGAUCUGAUGAAUGUCGUCAAGAAAACUGAAGGCUCAUUUUGUUUAUUCAACUACAACAUCAGCAUCUAUACUUUCCUGACAGUCUUUGCUUACGUUGGUGGUCUGGUGGUGUUCCUAAGUACCUUCUAUCGCAUCGUCAUGCAUUAUUUCUUUCGUCUAUCGUUUCUUAUCAUCGGCUGGUGGAGGAGGAAAAGAGGAAGCCAUUCUGAAGAAAACCCGACAACGUUAGAAUCCCUGCAAGAAACAUCGUUGAGUCCCUACGAUUACAUGAAUGAGAAUGAUGAUAACACGAGUGUUGAUAACGAGGAAAGACCAGCUGAAUCAAGCGAGAGGAUUACAGACAAGGAAAUGGUUAUAGUCAGCACCAACCAUAGUCUGGUUGAUUCCCUUACAUGAUGAUCAUAGCACAUGCCGGCAUGGGCAGAUUUGAUGCCUGUUAUUAUUCUUGAAUGUCCUAUUUCCAGGACUGUGAUUGGACUAUUUAAUGUCUACUUGCAUUCUAUUGGCUCAAAAUAUGUCAGUUGGUAAAUAGAGCCAAGGAGCAAUAUUCUCUUAUUAUAACGUACUUAAUUUUAUUAUGGUCACAGAUUGUCAUAACAAUAAUAUGCUGCAAUUUUCCAAUUUUUACUUUCAAAUUUUUCUUAUUUCAUUUUUCAUGUUUAAAAUGUUUA